AUUCAAACAAGGCAACAAGGAGAAUAUUUCAAUGCAUUUGAUUGGUUUACUAACAACUAACAAGUGAUAAUUGUUAAGCCACGACUACACAAAGAUGAAAAUUCACCUAGACAAGUAGUAGCAAAGGCCGACUUUGCACCACUUUUCAACUAUGCAAACGCAUAAAAUUCGUCCCCAAUCUAAGUUUAAAUGCACCUGCUGAAUCAAUAGAUAGGAGGAUCAGAGUACGUAAACAAAAUUAAUUAGCGAAAAUAAUAUAUAGCCGGAGGUAUGUCAGGGAAGCUAAUGCGCGCCGUGCAGUACGACUCUUAUGGAGGAGGAGCUGAUGGAUUGAAGCAUGUUGAAGUUCCAGUGCCUACUCCGAACAAUGAUGAGGUCUUGAUAAAGUUGGAGGCAACAAGUUUAAAUCCACUAGACGUGAGAUUUCAGAAAGGCGUGGCUCGUCCUUUUGUUCCUCGCAAAUUUCCCGUUAUACCAUGUAUUGAUGUAGCUGGAGAGGUUGUAGAGGUUGGAUCAAAUGUUGUGAAAUUUAAGGCUGGUGACAAAGUUGUGGCUCUUCUUAAUACCAUUAUUGGAGGUGGAUUGGCAGAGUAUGCAGUUGCAAAGGAGAGCUUGACUGUUCAAAGGCCAGAGGAAGUAUCAGCUGCUGAAGGUGCAGGCCUUCCAAUUGCUGCUCUUACAGCACACAAAGCCCUUGUUGAUAUUGCUGGAAUCAAGCUAGACGGAAGUGGACCGCGUAUGAAUAUUCUUGUCACUGCUGCCUCGGGUGGUGUUGGACAUUAUGCUGUUCAAUUGGCAAAGUUGGGUAAUACUCAUGUUACCGGGACAUGUGGAGCUCGUAACAUUGAAUUCGUAAAGAGCUUAGGAGCAGAUGAGGUUCUUGACUAUAAAACGCCACAAGGAGCAACUCUUAAGAGUCCAUCAGGAAAAAAGUAUGAUGUAGUGGUUCACUGUACUAGAGACAUUGCCUGGUCAACAUUUGAGAUUAAUUUGAGUGACACAGGUAAGGUCAUUGAUCUUACUCCUGGGCCUAUUUCAAUGUGCACCUAUGUAUGGAAGAAACUGACAUUCUCCAAAAAGCAGUUGUUGCCGUUGAUUUUGAUUCCUAAAGAAGAUAAGGAAUUGAAAUUGCUUGUUAAGUUGGUGAAGGAAGGGAAGUUAAAGACUAUGUUUGACUCUAAACAUCCUUUGAGCAAGGCUCAAGAUGCUUGGGCUAAGAGCCUUGAUGGACAUGCCACAGGAAAGAUCAUUGUGGAGAUAUAAAAGUUACUGUUUUCCUAAAGAAAAUACUAGAGUGUCUCACAGAGUAUUAAGAGUUGUAAGGUAUUAUUCUUAUAGAUGUAGAUUGAUCAAUCUCAUCCUAUAUACAAAGAGAUUGGAAAUCGCCUUAAUGAUUAUUUGUACUUGAGUCUAUCAUUUGAUGACUGUAUGUCAUGUAAUAUUUUUUUGUACCUUCCCCUUUAGACGCAAUAGUAAAGUUGUAGCUUUUCACUA